UAGCACAUUUCGGUCCUUUCGUUCUGUUACAAAAGUUCUCUACUUCUGAAAACAAAAUAUUAUCAAAAUUAUUUUAAGCAAAAACAAUUAAUAUAAUUUGAAUUAAAAUGGCUGCAGCAACAGUAUCAAUUGAUUCCCUUGAUAAGGAACAAAUGAAAACGUUCCAAGACUUCCUGCUAUCGUACAACAAACUUUCGGAGCUCUGCUUUGUGGACUGCAUUCGAGAUUUCACUGCCCGAACAGUGAAACCAGAUGAGGAAAAGUGUUCAUUGAAUUGUAUGGAGAAAUAUUUAAAAAUGAAUCAAAGAAUAUCACAGCGUUUCCAAGAGUUCCAAAUGAUUGCCAAUGAAAAUGCCCUGGCUGCCGCACAAAAAACUGGGAAAAUUUGAAGAUAUUGUUCAGUGAACAAUUUACUUCGCUUAGCAUUUUAAAACACCACCAAAAAUGAUAAAAUAAAGUGUUAGUUUUAUUUCAAAAGACAAAAUAAAAUCUACAUAAUUAAAAAA